AUGUCUUUGAACACGAUAGCACCAAUGGCAAUACCAUCGAUUGAUGCCUCUGCCAAUGGCGCUGAAUCAACACUGCAGCAAACUCAGGAGCCGCUCUGUGCCAUUGUCACUCCACUGGGGAUGCUGGGCUAUGGCUUCGAAGAACAUCUCCUGACGAACAAACUGGACGAACUGACCAAGAUCACCCCGCCCCUCCCUCUGGCCGUUGUUAUGGACUCUGGCUCAACGGAUUCUGGCCCUUCGAAGUUUGCUUUGGGGUCCAUGACUUGCCCCGAGGCAUCCUACCGAAGGGACUUAACCAAGCUGGUUCGAGCUAUCAUCAAUUAUCACGUGCCUGUUCUCGUGUCGUCGGUUGGGGGAGACGGUAGCAACGAGCAUGUCGAUCUCUUCAUUGAGAUGAUCAAAGAGAUCAGCUCGUCGCUCAACUGCCCGAGGGAAUUGAAGGUUCUUGCCGUGUAUUCUGAAUUGUCCAAAGAAGUUGUAGAGAAGAAACUUGUGGCCGGCGACAUAUCUGGAUGUGGAGAUGAAGUCCCUCAACUAACAAGACGUGCAUAUGAUCCGGCGAUAUUUGUCGCGUUUUGUGCCAUGAACUGUGUCAAGUCUUCAUCCUCACCCUUCAAUUCACUUGGCAUCAACUUAUUAGGAGGUUUCUAUCACAUGGGAAAGAUCAUGGAAUGCGGUGGUCUAUGUGCCACGCCUAAAUCAUCCGGUGCAACAGCCGUGAUGUACAAAGACGGUACAUUCGACAUUUCGCCCCUGGAUCCGAUGGCAAAGUGUGUCCCUCUCAGCGUUGCUGCACACACCCUUUACGAGAAAUCCCGGCCCGAUAUCCUGUAUGGCCCAGGAGGAUAUCUGGACCUCACGCACACCGCCUACGAGCAGUUGCCGAACGGAAUUUCCGUACGAGUCCGGGGAGGAGACUUCCAUUUCUCAACCUCUGAAGGAUCACCUUAUACGGUCAAACUGGAAGGCGCUCGCGUCAUUGGUUACCGUAACCUCUUUAUCGGAUCAUUCAGGGACCCGAUUCUGAUCGGGCAGAUACAUGAAUAUCUUGAGGCAGGCAAGAACCGGGUUGCCCGCCAACACAGAGACAUGGAUGCCAAGUGGACACUCGACUUUCACAUCUACGGUGCUCCGGAGACGGGGGCCGCCGGAUCGACUUGUAAUGAUGAGACCUGGACUUCCAAAGAAGUCUUCAUCGUGGGAGAAGUUCUCGCAGACUCACCAGCGCUUGCCAAAAGUGUUGCAUCUACGGCACGGGUGUAUUGCUCUCAUGGCCCCUUACAAAGGACAGAUGGCGACCUCGGGUAA